AUGAAUGCUGGCGCCAAAGACGGAGUGGAUUCUGGACAAGCUGCUCAAAGUUUUGAGCUCAUACGCCCCGCUGGUGUAUUCGAGAGCCUGUUCAAAGUACAUCAUGAUCUCGGUGUCUUCUCGAACACCAUUAUCUGUGCGACAUAUAAGCGAGCAGAGAACAUGCCUCUAACUCCAGGCCUUUUAUACAAAGCCCUUCGCCUAGUACUUUCGGAGCACCCCGCCUUGGCAACGAUUCUGAUAGAUCAACCAUCAACAAAGAAGAUGGGAAGGACUAGGACUUGGCAGGCACACUUGAGACAUAUUUGUCUCGAAGACUGCGUCCGUUUUAUGGACCAUGUCGCUGAGAAGGAGGAAUUCAUUCGAUUGCUGCAGGAAGAACAUGACAUUCGGUUCAAUACUAAGGAUGAGACCAAACCGCUGUGGAGGGUUGUGGUCAAUGGUUCGACGAUAUUAUUCAUCUCUCACCAUUCAAUCUGUGACGGUAGGUCAGGGAUGAUAUUUCACCGCAGCUUGCUCGCCGCACUUAAUAAAGUGACCAGGCAGCAAUGGGAGAAUGGGCCAGAGGAACAUAUAUCAAUUGAUUAUGAUGUCGCAAAAAAGGAUUUGAAGCCCGACUUGCUAGCCCUUCUCAAGCUUCUCGGUAUGAAAUUCAGCAUAUGGGUAGCUCUACUGAGUUACCUCUCCUCCCUUCUGAUCAAAGUCUUCCUACGGAAGAAUUAUACCUUCUUCAACGACAUCACAUAUGAAGUUCGUUUGCCCUCCAAAGAACACCCUGUGCCUCUCGCGGAGCGGCCGGUCACCAAGCUUGAAAGGAUGUCUCUCAAUUCAUCACAGCUCGCAGCAAUCCUUAAAGCCUGCAAGAAACAUGGCACGUCAAUCACCACUCUCGUCGAAACACUCAUUCACGUCACGCUGGCAUCCGAACUUUACCCAAGCGCAAAAAUAGGUCUAUCAUAUUUUGCAGUUGACCUACGGCGUUUUUUGCCAGCCGAGUAUUCCAACACCAUGGGAAACUAUGUGUCCAGUCACCAAUGCAAUCAUUGGCUGGGCAACUACCGUAAAGCCGGAGCUACAUCGACAGCAAAUGAAAGACAAAUUGCGCUCAUAUGGCAGCUAAGUCAAAAGGCUAAAGCUAGCCUUGACUCUGCGCUAUUCACCCAUCAGACACCACUCCCAGUGUCAAAUGCUUUGGGCUUGAAAGCUAUUGGUGAAGAUGACGAGGCCAUCGCAGCGGGUAUAUAUAAUGUUUUGGAUGUUGCUGUUGGGAAGACAUUUUGUGUGUCAAGCUUGGUCGAAUCAGAAAGUCAAUCCUCUGGGCCUUGGCAGAUGAAAGGCAUUGAGUUUUCUGUGUCGGCACAAAAGUCACAGGUGGGACCGAUGUUUUAUCUCGCAAUGGCAAGUAUUAAGAAUGGCCAGUGUACUAUCAAUGUCAGUUAUGAAGAGGGUGUGCUCCAGAGUGAAGUUGUUUCCAAAACCCUUGAGGGGGUUGAGAGACGAUUGACUAUGUUGCUAGAAGCUGAAAAGGAUAGCUAG